AAUUCUUCUAACUUAUAAGAAGUAAUUUCCAAGUCAACUCCAUAAAUUCUCCUAUAUUUACAAGCUUAACAAAAAGAAAAAGAUAUUGUGUAUUCAUAAAAACCAAAACCAUGAAUUGGGUAGUAAUGAUAAACAAAAACAAAUUAUUAUUAUUAUUAUUAAUAAUAUGUUUAUUAUUAUUAGAAUUAGGAAAUAUAAGUGUAAUAAAUGGGAGAUUUGUGGUGGAAAAAAAUAGUGUAACAGUGCUACAACCAUACAGUAUGAAAUCAAAACAUGAUGCUUCAAUUGCCAAUUUUGGAGUACCAGAAUAUGGAGGAUCAAUGGUGGCUUCUGUUGUUUAUCCUUCUCAUGGAUCUGAUGCUUGUAAACCUUUUCCUCAUAAUAAGCCUUUCAAAUCUAAUACUUCUACACCUACUAUUCUUCUUCUUGAUCGUGGAGAAUGCUAUUUUGCCCUGAAAGCAUGGAAUGCACAAGAAGCAGGAGCAGCAGCAGUAUUAGUAGCCGAUACAAUAGACGAGCCUCUAAUAACCAUGGAUUCCCCGGAGGAAAGCAGUGAUGCAGACGGGUUCAUAGAAAAGAUUGAAAUCCCCUCGGUUUUAAUAGACCGAGAAUUCGGAGAUCGCCUACGACAAGCCUUAAAGGGAGGAGACGAUGUUGUGGUAAAACUCGACUGGUCUGAGUCGAUGCCAAAUCCUGAUGGCCGGGUGGAAUAUGAGCUGUGGACUAACAGCAAUGACGAAUGUGGUGUCCGGUGCAAUGAGCAGAUCAAAUUCAUCAGCGACUUCAAGGGCCACGCGCAGAUUUUGGAGAAGUCGGGUUACACAUUGUUUACUCCUCAUUACAUAACAUGGUAUUGCCCGGAAGCUUUUCUUCUAAGUAGGCAGUGCAAAUCGCAAUGUAUAAACCGAGGAAGGUAUUGUGCACCCGAUCCUGAGCAGGAUUUCGGGGAGGGAUUUGAAGGGAAAGAUGUUGUGAUUGAGAAUUUGAGGCAACUUUGUGUGUAUCAAGUUGCUAAAUCUCAAAAUAGGUCUUGGGUUUGGUGGGAUUUUGUGUCUGAUUUCCAUAUUAGGUGUUCUAUGAAGGAUAACAAGUACUCUAGGAGUUGUGCCGAGGGCGUCUUGAAGUCUCUUCGUUUGCCUCUCGAUAAGAUUGAAAAGUGCAUGGGAGAUCCUGAAGCCAACCAAGACAAUGAAAUAUUGAAAAACGAACAAGACAAGCAGAUUGGAAAAGGAACUCGUGGUGAUGUUGCUAUUUUGCCUACACUGGUCAUCAACGAUGUACAAUACAGAGGCAAACUGGAGAGAACUGCCGUACUAAUGGCCUUAUGUGCUGCCUUCAAAGAGAAAACCGAUCCUCCACUUUGUCUAACCGCAGACAUCGAGACAAACGAGUGUCUUGAAAACAACGGAGGGUGUUGGCACGACAAUAAAGCAAACAUAACAGCCUGCAAGGAUACUUUUCGGGGGAGAAUUUGUGAAUGUCCUCUUGUCGGAGGUGUUCAGUACCAUGGAGAUGGUUAUACAACAUGUAAAGCUCAUGGACCGGGAAGGUGUACCAUAGACAGUGGCGGUUGCUGGUCGGAAACAAGGAAUGGAAAGACGUUCUCAGCUUGUUCAGUAUCAGAACUUUCGGGCUGCACAUGUCCGAAAGGGUUCAAAGGCGAUGGCCAUCAGUGUGACGAUAUUGAUGAAUGCAAGGAAAAGAGUGCUUGUCAAUGCCCUGAAUGUAGCUGCAAGAAUACGUGGGGCGGGUUUGAUUGCAAGUGCGGAGGGAGUCGCUUGUAUAUAAACGAGCAAGAUACUUGUAUAGAACGAAGCUCCUCAAAAAUGGGAUGGUUCUCGUCUCUCUUAGUCCUAGCAGCAAUCUUGGCUGGUCUCGGCUCAGCUGGAUACGUAUUCUACAAGUACAGACUUCGGUCUUACAUGGAUUCAGAGAUUAUGGCUAUCAUGUCUCAGUACAUGCCACUUGACAGUCAAAAUGCUAGAAAUGUUGAAGUACAUAACUCUGAGGUUGAACCUCUAAGCCUAGGAUCUUCAGUAUAAUUUUGUAAAUCAAAGUUUGAGUUUUUAUUGUCAUCAUAAUGUAUAUAAAUACUCCUCUGAUCUUGUCUGUCAGAAAGAUUACCAUUUGACAUAAAAAAAACUCUCACAUAAAUCAUAAUUAAGUUAAAUGGUGCAUUUGAGCUUUUCUCGAGGGACAGAGGGAGUAUAACGUAUAUACUCCUACUAUAUAGAGAUGAAAAUAGGUGAUAAUGUAAUAUAAAUACACAUUUUUCUUUUUUUUGUUAUAUAUAUUGAAAGUAACACGAGUGAUUCAGU